AUGAAUAAUAGAUUUGAGAAUUCUUAAGAUCACGACUUGGAUAUGUGUGGCAUAUCAAGAUCGUACUCAUAAACUAAAUUGCCUAAUCUUAACAAUCAUAAUAAAGAUAAAUUAAAAAAUGAGUUUGUCGAUAAAAAGUUAUUGUAAAGGAAGGAUUAAGAGGAUCUUGGAGGUUCCAUCCAACUUAAUGAUUUAAAUAUCUUGGGCUUGAAGGAUUACUACUCUGGGGCAUGUGAUAAUAAUAAUCAAGAAAUCAAACUCAAGUAAAUAGAAGAAACCAACGAUUGUACACAAGUGGAAACUCAAUAAAAUGAACCCUACAAUAACACUCUGGAUUAGUUGGGCCAAAAGUUGAAUGAAGUGAUAGGACAAUAUCUCUGUGAACUUACAUCUCAGUCUAGAUUAUCUUUGGACUCCUUUUCCCUUCAGAACAGUGAAAAUUUAGACGAGGAACAACAACAACAAAUAUUAGAUCUUGAAUUAAACGUCAUCCGACAGCGCAUAUACAAACAAAUCGUUGAUAAAAUCAACCUUUCGGUUAUUCAAUCCGUCCAAUCAAUUGGAACUUCUAGUUAACUCACAUCUUAAUCCAAUUAUGUCUCCACGUGCGUUUCGAAAGAACUUUUGAAUAACAGUGUUACUCAAUUUUCUUAAAUUUCACAAAAGUCCCCCCCCAAAUCCCUCACUCAUUCUCUAUUAGACUUACAAUCACAACUUUAUCAAAGUGCUCAAUAGGCCUAGGCCAGACCCAAUAAGAAAGUUGAUGACUUGCCCUUCAACAUUGUAGAUUGCGAGGGGACAAAGGAGGAAUUGCAAAACAAACUCAAGAUUUCCAUUUAAUUAAAUUAUCAAUAGUCUCAAAUCAACAGUCAAUUGAGGGAAGAAUUAUCAAAAUAUGAAAAAAUGAACUAUCCAGAUUCAAUAUAAGAGGACGAAACACUUACUUUAUAAUAAGAGAUCCAAAACUUGAGACUGGAAAAUGCUAAACUAAAAGAGUCUUAAUCAAAUAAACUAUGCGAAAAAUGUAAAGAUAGUCUAUGA